AUGCAGCAGGGCGGGACGCAGAUGCUGGUGGUGCUGGUGGGGGUGCCGGCCAGCGGGAAGACGUGGUUCGCGCAGGACAUGCUGCGCUACGACAGCGACCACUGGGCGUUGAUCAGCCACGACGCGCUCGGCUCGCGGGCAGCGUGUGAGGCCCAGUGCGUGAAAGCGCUGCAGGCCGGGCUGCACGUGAUCAUCGACCACACGAACCUCGACGAGACAGAGCGCUCGCCGUGGCUGCGCGUGGGGUACAACGUGUGCGGCCACCGGCUGUAUCCGCUCGGCGUGGUCUUCAACACGCCGCUCGACAGCUGCCUCGACCGCCUGCGCACGCGGCCGCACAAGACCAUUGACGGCGGCCACCCGCAGGCCGAGGAGCUCCUCCGCGGCUACGCCACCGCGCUGCGCCCGCCGCACCACGCCGAGGGCUUCUACGAGACCUGGGCCGUCGCCGACGACCAGCACCGGUCUGCUAUGCUAGGGUAUCUCCUUAGGUAUAACACGCCGUACGCGCCGGCCGCCCCGCCGGCCCCCGCGGCAGCUCCCGGCGCCGUGGGCCUCCCAGCGACCGCGCCGUGGGGCCAGGCGGAGGUCCCCGCCGGCGACGGCGGCCGCGGCGGGUCGGGCAGGCGGGGGCCCAAGGGCCCCCGGGGGAGUAUUCCGUUCCGGAAGCCCGGGCCGGUGGAGCUGGACGAGGCGGACCGGCGCGUGAUCGUGCUGUUCGACUUCAACGGGACGAUCACGAGCCACACGUCGCAGCGGAAUUCGACGGGCAACAACAGGCCGCGGCCAGGGGCGGAGCAUCUGCUGCGCAUGGUGCGGAGCGUCAAGGACGUGGCGCGGAUAGGAGUGUACUCGAGCGCGUCGGACAGGACGGUGGAGACGGCGAUCAGGAUGCUGGAGCGUGCGGCGGGGUGCGAGCGCGGCGAGCUCUUCGACCCCGCGCUCGUCCUCACGCGCCGCUACACGCAGGCCCUGCCGCAGGAGGCCAAAGACGAGAUGGGGGGGGACUUUAAGGAAUGGGACACGUGGAAGCCCCUGGGGGACUAUUUCCCCACGCGCCUCCACCGCGUCGUGCUCGUCGACGACGACAUCCACAAGUCGCUCCCCACCGAGCGCGGCAACCUGGUGCUGGUGCCGUCGUGGGACGGCGGCGAGGAGGAUGGCAUGCUUGCGGUGCUCGUGGGGGCGCUGCAGGAGAUGCUGCUGGGGCUGCCGGAGGACGCGGACGUGCGGGAGCGGACGGCGGCGGUGACGGCGCGGCUGCAGGAGGCGGCGGGGCCGGGGCGGGGGACGGAGGGGGGGGGAGUUGAGAUGUCGGGUGCGACGCGCGCGGUGGAGGCGAGCAGAGGGGCGGAGAACGGGGCGGCAGCGCGGCCGGUGAACGAGGAGGAGAUCGAGCUCAGCUCGUGA